AUGGAGAAGCGCAGCCGAAGCGGGAGGGCUCCCUCCAACCCGGUUCCUCCGCAGCCCGCGACGGCGCCUCGGAAAGAGAGAAGGCCUAGCAUGUUCGAGAAGGAGUCCUAUGCACAGAUUUUGAGGGAGAGACUGCGAGAUUCGUUGCACGAGGUCCAGUACGUGGAGCCCCCACUGGACGACUCGGCGGCCGACUUGGGGAAGGAGUGGAAGAGCACCCUGGCCCGGCUGAGGUUCGCCAACACCUACCGGAUGGAGCCGCCGGUGAAGUUCCGGGCCCACUCGGUGGAAACCAAAGUCCAGCAGAUACUAAAGGAAUGUCUUAAAGAUGUGAAAUAUGACGAUAAAGUGUUCUCUCGGCUGUCGCUUCAGUUAGCGGACUGCAUAUUGUUAGCGAUCAAAGAGUUUGGGUACCAGCGCUAUAAGUUCAUUAUAAAGGUAUUAUUUAUUCAAAAGACUGGUCAGGCAAUAAAUGUCGCCAGCCAGUGGAUCUGGGAUGUCGCGUGGGACAGCUGGGUGGCAGCGAAACAUGAGACAGAGACCUACGUGGCCUUGGCCUUGGUGUUUGCUCUUUAUUGUGAAUGA